AUGAUUUCAUUCGAAGAUUUUCUUCUUCGUCCAUCAAAAGUGGUCGAUCCAUUCUAUCGUUUCGUCGCUAAAAUUGAUCCAUUUAUCACUCUUGUUGAAUUUUGUCAAGUAAUUGGGCCGAGACCAUUAGCCGUCGUUUCUCAACAGCCGGAUGAUAAAAUCCGAGGUGUCGAUAUAAAUGAGAUGGCUAUUUGGUUGAUGUCAUCCGAUACUGUUCCGGGUACAAUGAUUGUUCUGGAGAAUAAUCAAACGGGUAUUUACGCCGCUGCAUAUUAUUUCAAUUUAUAUGAUAUGAGAGCCAGAGCUUUUCAGCGAAAUCUUUGUAUUGCCUAUUUAUGUUCCGAGAAACCGACCAAAGAAACUCUUCAUCAUUUUUCAACGACAAUGAAAAAGUUGGUUUCUCCUGUUCUCAUUUGCAAUAGAAGAUUAUUUAUUCGUCAUGUAACGGAUAUUGUGAAGUUUUCAAACAGUGUAGAUGAAACAACAUUAAAACAAUACUACACUUUGAACGGAGACUCCCAAAAAUUAACUGAUGCAAGCAGAUUCAAUGUAGUUUUCGAACAAACAAGGCUGCUGAAAAGCAAAUUUCUGACUAAAAGGUUUCAAGAAAUGGCCUUCGAAGACGAUAUCUGCUGUGGUCACAAUACAGAAAAUAUGGGAGAAGCAGAGGACAUAAUUUGUUCGUUUCGAGUUCCUUCAAUACCAUUAAGUCCUGUGGAAACUCUUACUCCAUGUGCUUACGACUCAAUUAUUCCAAAACUUCGAAAACUUUGCUCCGAACUGAACAGUUCCAGCAAUUCCUCCAAUACUCCCGGUGCAUUAUUUUGCGGUCUUCGUCCGAUUGCCACAAUGGCGCCAAUCACUACAUCAUCAAUGCCAUGGAACACAGAUUCAGGGAUAACCGAUUGCGAUAUGCGAGGUGAAGAAACCAUGAAAGCGAUUACUGGUCAUUUGGGAGAUGUUCUUUUUCCAUUAUUAUGUGGAGAAGAUAUGGUGGUUUGUGGAGCAGAACAAAGAAGAAGUACUGUUGAUGACAUGCUUAGAAAAUUGGGAAAAGUUGUACCAAGAGAAAGUGCACGCCGCGUGGAAGAUGAUUUACGAAUGGAAAAGGAUCCAAACAAGAUUGGUAACGGUUUGGGUGGUCUCUUAUGCAAUCGAAACGAAACCGGGAAACUUGCUCGAUGGAGAAAUAUUCUCGAUAUGAAUAGAUGUAUUCUGAAAACUUUUCAUUACGAUGGCACAUUACUGUCUGGGCUCAAUAAAAAACGGAAAUUUCCAUCCGAUAGAUCAUUGAUUCUCUUCAUCAUUGCAUAUCUCACCAAUAUUUGUCAACUGGCUUAUGUCUGUCGAUAUCUAUUCAUUCGGUCACCGAAUUCAGUAGAUAAAGUAUUAGGAGCACAGCAGAAAAUCAGUUCCGACGAUGAGAGGAUACUAAUCAAUUUGCUUAUGGGUAUCGAUUUCGAAAAAUUCAAUCGACUGAAACUAUCACCAAACAAGGACGGAGGAGGAGCCAAACCUAGUAGAACGAUUAAUCUGUGA